AUGUCAAGCUCAAGAUCCAAGGAGGACGCGGAGGGCGAGCGCCUCUACUCGGCCUAUGGCUCCUCCUCGCUCACUGAGCCCCUGCCCCUACCCGGGAUCCCCGAGCCCGAGCCCGAGCCCGAGGCCCCCGGCCCUGUCUCGCCGUUGCCCCCUACGGGUCCCUUGAGUGCCCAGCAGCUUGAAGCUCUCACUUACAUCUCAGAGGACGGCGACACGCUGGUCCACCUGGCAGUGAUCCAUGAGGCUCCAGAUGUGCUGCUGUGCUGCCUGGCCUUGCUGCCCCAGGAGGUCCUAGACAUUCAGAACAACCUCUACCAGACUGCUCUGCACCUGGCUGUGCACCUGGACCAGCCAGGUGCAGUUCAGGCCCUGGUGCUGAAGGGGGCCAGCCUGGCACUGCAGGACCGGCAUGGUGACACAGCCCUGCACGUGGCCUGCCAGCGCCAGCAUCUGGCCUGUGCUCGCUGCCUGCUGGAUGGGCGGCCAGAGCCAGGCCGAAGACCAGCUCACCCCCAGGACCUCCAGCUGCAGAACUGGCAAGGCCUGGCCUGCCUCCACAUUGCCACCCUGCAGAGGAACCAGCUGCUCAUGGAGCUGCUGCUGCAGAAUGGGGCUGACAUCGAUGCCCAGGAGGGCACCAGCGGGAAGACAGCCCUGCACCUGGCCGUGGAAACCCAGGAGCGGGGUCUGGUGCAGUUCCUGCUGCAGGCAGGUGCCCAGGUGGAUGCCCGUAUGCUCAAUGGCUGUACACCGCUGCACCUGGCAGCUGGCCGUGGCCUGGGCACCAUCUCAUCCACGCUAUGCCAGGCUGGUGCCGACGCCCUGCUGCUGAACGUGGAGGAUGAGACACCUCAGGACCUGGCUGAGGAUCCACUCACUCUCCUGCCCUUCGAUGACCUGAAGAUCUCAGGGAAGCCACUGCUGUGUGCUGACUGAAGCCGGGCAGGCCUGGGGGCUUUGGGGCCAAACCUACUGCAGCCUGAACCCAGGCUGGCUGCUCUUCCUGGCCAGUCAUAGGAACUGAGGCCCAAGCCUAGGACAGGACAGUCCUGAGCUGAGAGGAGUCUGGAAGAAGAGCUCCCGAUGGACUGGACGCCCAAAGCCCAAGGCAACCUGGUGAAGCCUGUGUGCCCCUUGGAGAUGUCAGGGGCUGUCAUUUCUACCUACAUUGGCCAGCCUGCAAGUGCCAUCCGGGAGAAGGCCUGGCUACUCCCAAGUGAGAAGAGAUUGAAACAGCAAAGCAGGGCCCCCAGGGGUCCCACCUUCGUGAUGUUGAGAAUUCAAGAAGCCUGGCCUGCAUGGUGGUGCACGCCUGUAAUCCCAGCUGCUAGAGAGGCUGAGACAAGAGAAUGACAAGUUCAAGUCCCACCUGGGUACUUUAGUGAGACCCUGUCUCAAAAUAAAAAAAAAGGCUGGGCUGUGUAACUCAGAGGUGGAUUGCCCCUGGAUUGGACCCAGUAUUGGGGGAAAAAAAAAAAAAUGAUAACACUUUUGUCUGAGACUUUACACAGAGGACCCUGUACAGAGCCUUUGGGGGACAGACACUGUAGUAAUGACACUAAAAUGUUAGCAAAGACUUGAAA